AUGGCCCCCCAUCCUAAAAUACUUUUAGUCAAAGCUUAUGCAUUAGAGAUACCGCCUUAUCAUCGAUUAUUUUCAUUGGAGGAUAAAUCAAUUCAAUAUACAUAUGCUGUGAAAGAAACAAUAAUUGUUGUAUUAGGCCCAUUAGUUGUCAUGACAAUUACGGCUUUAGCAAUCAAGAGAAGCACGCAUGAUUGGCAUCAUUCUUGUCUAGGUCUUUUCUUAUCUCUGACAUUAACUCUUAUUGUUACCGAAAUUUUCAAAAAUACAUCGGGUAGGCCUCGACCUGAUUUCAUAGAUAGAUGUCAACCAGCACCGGGCUCGGUUGAUUCUCCUGUAUAUGGUUUAAGUAAUUAUUUAAUAUGUACUCAGACUGAUGAAGCAAUUAUGAAAGAUGGUUUUAAAAGUUUAGUAUCUGGACAUGCAUCCACUUCAUUUGCUGGUAUGGGUUAUCUUAGUUUGUAUCUUGCUGGAAAAUUACAUGUUUUUGAUAAAAAGGGCUACACAUACAAAGGAUUUGUUGUGGUUACUCCUUUGGUCAUUGCUAUGCUUAUUUGUAUUUCAAGGACUCAAGACUAUCGUCAUCAUUGGCAAGAUGUGCUUGCAGGAAGUAUUCUUGGUAUCGUAUUAUCAAUAUUUUCCUAUUAUCAAUACUACCCCAGCCUUCACUCGCCAGUCUGUGAUAAGCCAUACUCUAUCAGAUUAAAGAAACAAAGGCGUCAUCAUAAUGCAGAAUUUGUAUUUUCAGAUGGUUCUAAUUUCAAAGUAGAAGUUACCAGGGAAGAUGGCACUGUCGUCCAUUCAAAUAAUAAUGCUGCUUUUAAUGAUGCAGGUUUUGUGGAUGACCUUAGUAAAAGUUCUAUUGGAUCUGGAAAUGUUUAA